AUGGCACAAGAAAUGUCACCACAAAAGGAGGAAGCUCAAAACCAACCAAAGCGAAGAUUCAAAAUGAUGGCUCAAAAGAGUAAAUCAAAGCCAAAGCCAAAGCCAAACUAUGAUCGGAAAGCAAAGCACCCAGAUUAUGUCCAAUUUCGGUGCAAUGUCAACGCUUUCAACAGCAUCAUUACGGAUGUAAAAGACAAGCUGAAUGAAAGGCAGAAGAAGCUUCUCAAGAACACCCCAUUUUGGAACUUGAUUGAGGUGUUUUACAACCGAAGGAUUGACAUGAAUAACAUGAAUAAGUCAGACCUUGACUUAGUUCAGCUGCUCAAGAAGUUUGAUCCGGAUACAAAGUCCUUCAAAUUUGGCACCGAAGCAUUCAAGAUCACAGGCAAUGCAGUGACUCAGAUUCUAGGACUGCCAAAUGAAGGAAAAUCUGUCAAACUUGUCAAUGAUAGGUACACUUCUACCUUCAGAAUAAGGCACUUUGGAGAAAAGGGAAAACCAUCAAAAAAUCUGGUAGAAGCAGAAUUACUGAAGACAAUUUCAUUGGCAAACCAACCGAAGAAAGAAAAGGCCAAGGCAGAGCAAAAGAAAGAAGCUGAAGAAGAAGAAGAAGAAGAAGUUGACUACGACAAGGAGGUGGUCAGCAUAAUAUUGAUUCACCUAUGCAUGACAUUCCUUUUUGCCAACGCUUCGUCUACUUUGCAUUGGAAAGUAUUUGAGCACUGUGUGAAUCUGGACACACUUUCAAGCUAUUCUUGGGCAAGUGCUGUUUCAGCCUACAUGAAUGAAUCCUUGGUCGCAAAAGCAAAAGCAAAAGCAAAGAAGGGAGGAGAAGGCUCUAUAGGAGCUGUUUCGGGUUGCAUUAUCCUAAUAUUGUUUCUACUGUGUGAGAGGACAAACAUAAUACAACCAAUCCUGGGCAAAGAGAAAGAAACUCCUGCCAUUCUUAAAUGGAGUCUUGUGGAACUCCACACAAGAUUCAACCAAAUAACGGACUUGAAUGACAUCGAGGGUAUUUUCAAAACUCCUAAAAAGCGAAAAACUACCAGGGAAGAGGAAGACACUGUUGACAAGGGUAUUUUGAAAGCAUAUAAAAAGAGAAAAACUACCAGAGAAGAGGGAGACCCUCUUGACAAGAAAAAGAAGAUGCAGAAAAAAGAAAAAGAAGAUGAAGGACAACAAAGAGAAGCAGAGGAAGCAGAAGACCAAGGAAAAUGCAUUGCAAUUCAAGAACUCUUGGUGAAGUCCAUGACAGACCAAAUCAACUAUCACCAACGUCAAGAUCCUAGCUUCAUUUGCCCAGAAAGAUUACAACUGUGGAAGGAUGAAAAAAAUGAAGACAGUGAGAAGAAAAUGAAGGAAUUGUGGGAUAUAUUUAUCCAGGGAGAAAAGAGAUCAAAGGAGCUGGAAGAGAAGUUGGCAACAUAUGUAGAGAAAUUAGAUAAUGAAGAAUAUGUGACUGCCACCAUGACAGUGGAAUCUACAGUUCAGCUUCAGGAAAUAGAAAAUCUAAAAAGGAGGAUUGCAGAAUUGGAAGGCAAGGAAACUCGGAUUGACAUGGAGAAGAUUGCCAAGAAAAAGGAGAUUGAAGAAGAAGAAGAGAAAGAAGAAGACAAGAAAGAAGAAGAGAAGCAACAAGAAGAGAAAGAAGAAGAGAAGAAGCAAGACGCUCCAACACCUGAUGUUCCUUCAAGAGUAAUAAGGCUGAAGAAUAGAGAAAGAAAGAGGCUUCAAGCAUCUUGCUAUGUGUACGAAAAAAAUAAGAAACCAAAAAGAAGGCAAAAAAGGAUGAUGAAGAACUACCACAAUUCAAGAUUAUCUCUUCCGAGGAGCAAUCAACACAAGAGGAUCCUCAAAAUCAGAAGGUGGUAUGCAAUUACUGCAGUUCAAGCUACUGCAAAUAAACAGAAACUGCAGUGCAGUUUCUGCAACAAAAUCUGCUCAAAUCUGAAAACAAGCAUUCAAUGGCAGUCAAAAACGAAUAUCCACUCAUGA